GGCAAAGAGGAAGAACUGAAAGUCUUCAUGUAGCUCACUUGCAGUAAAAACCGAUUUGAGAUCAGGUUUUAGUCCUGCAGGACCAUGAAUGCUCUCAUGGUUGGCUGGUUGGUACUUCUAACCCUAAAAACAACAGGUGCAUCAGGCAGGGAACAUUGCACUAAAAGAUUUUGUAUCACCCUGAAUGAACAACUAAGAGCUGAGGCUGGACUUUGUGUUGUGAUACCAUGCUCUUUAAGAACUGGUUUCCCACCCCAGGAUCUGGUUUGGUUCAAAUGUGAGCCAGGACCUAAGAAAUGUGUUGAAUCUGACAUGAUAUUUCACAGCAACAACGCCAACAAAAAACUUGUUCCUGGAUUUAAAGGAAGAGUGUCUCUUUUGGGCUCUGAGACUCGUGGGAACUGCAGCAUCAUGAUCAAUGACCUGCAGGAGUCUGAUUCUGGAUCAUAUCAGGUCAGAGUUUCUGGUUUCUGGUAUCAUUCGCCAGAUGGAUUUACGUUCGAUCCAAAAACAACCGUCUCUAUUAACGGUCUUAACCAGAAGCCCACGCUGAAGGUUCCUGCUCUGACUGAGGGACAAGAGAGCACGCUGACCUGCACUGCUCCUGGUCUCUGCUCGGGGUCUCGUCCUGAAAUCACCUGGACAUGGGGGGGGGCAGGGGAGAUGGACUCAAAUAUCCCAGGAAACAUCACUGGUGUCCAGACUGAUGAAGUGUCAGCUGUCGCACAGAGACACAGCUCAACUCUGAAGUUCAACCUCUCAGCUGAUCACCACGACACCAACAUCACCUGCAAGGUCAGGUUCACAGGUGGUGCAACCACAGAGGACACUGUGACUCUGAAGAUGAACUAUUCUCCACAACACACAAGAAUCAUUAAAGGAGGAGAGCAACAACUGUCUGAUGGGAGACGCUCUGUGACCCUGAUCUGCAUGAGUCUCUGCUAUCCUCCUGCCACAUAUGUCUGGUACAAUAAGACAGAUGGCAGAGAAAUCUUAACAUCUCAACCACAGGUCAUAACAGUGAACUCAGACCAAGCAGGAGAAUACUACUGUACUGCGAGGAAUGAUGUCGGUCAAAGAUCAUCUGAAUCGAUCAGGCCGUUUGAUGACGUAGCAGUAAAUUCUCAUGGCACCAUCAUCUAUACGAUGAACAUCGUGAAGCUUUUUCUCAUAUUUGGUAUUUUGUUGACCUUCCUUCAUCUUUUCAUUUUCUUCAGGCACAGGAGGAAUGAAUCAGUUCAAGACAGAGAUAGUUGGAUGGAUGGAGCGCGGGAGAAUGUGAUGAGUGAGACCGGUCUGGAAGAGCCUCUCAGGAGCAGAGAUGUCCUCUCACAAGACCUGCCGAGCCGUCCAAAAGCCCAACAACCCCAUCCUCAUUCUGACGUCACGUAAGACAGCAGCCACACCCUGGGAACCUCCUCAUCACACACAACCAAAUACUGCUGCUUAUUCUUGGAAUGUAUUGAUAUGUUUAUCAAUAAAUCUGUAAUCAAUAAACUUUUUUUUUUGUCUCCCCUCAACUUUAUCAUUGUGUUACCGGUCUCCCCACUGACUGCUCCACUGUGGAUCUGCCCAACAGAUAUCAGAGCAAACAAGAAAGGGUGGUUGUCUACGGGAACCUCAGCGUUGAACCUGCAGCCAAUCCUCCAAAUCCAGGUGACUCUGACACCAGGCAACAUGAGGUGAAGAUCAGCGACACCUAGACGGAGUAAAACCUGAACACCAGAGAGACAGCAAACACCCCAAAAGCUCUGAGGAUCAUUAUUAAUCAUGUUAAGUACAGCAAGUAUAGGUUUUUAGUGUUCUGCUUCUGUUUUAUAUUUUCUUUUUUCAAUUAUUAAAUUAAAAUGUUACCUAAUUUUUACUUGCAUUUGGCUGCUGUAAAAGAGAGUAACUAGGAUUCCGUCUUAAACAAGCCUGGGCUAGCUCAAUUUUUUAAAACUUUUUUUUCAAGUGUUGACUUACUGUAUGUUCUGGUGUUUUAAUUAAAUAUCUGUGCCACAUGUUGGUCAAAACACCUUCAAGAUCCAGUACAACAGCCGUCUUUUCAAUGAUUUAAAGCUCUGCUCACAGAAUCAUGUUUCUGGGGGUGAGGUCAGCCACUUGAUUGGACUCAGCCCAGCUCCUCCUCCAGGUCACAUCUAAUGAAAUUAAUGUUCGUUCCAUCCAUCCAUCCAUCCAUCCAUCCAUCCAUCCAUCCAUCCAUCCAUCCAUCCAUCCAUCCAUCCAUCCAUCCAUCCAUCCAUCCAUCCAUCCAUCCAUCCAUCCAUCCAUCCAUCCAUCCAUCCAUCCAUCCAUCCAUCCAUCCAUCCAUCCAUCCAUCCAUCCAUCCAUCCAUCCCAUGUCUGUGCUAUUUUGUUGUUUUUCAUUUUGUAGUCAAGAUGUGGAGAUCCUGUUUGGAUAGUAAAAAAAUUGCAUAAUUAUUUGGUUUAUUCGGUUCUCCUUUUCUGUAGAAUUGUUAAAGGAGCUUGAGGCCGGAUUGUGGCAAGAUUUAUGAAAAAAAUCCGUAUACAUUUUAAAUUUUCUAGUAAUAAUGUCAGAUGAAGCGUUCCAAACCCAAAAUAAUGAGCCCUCUAGUGUAUCUCUCCUUUGCCUUGAACAGGCUGUGUGCUGCAAAAUGUGCUGCAAUUCGGUCCCGAAUUUCCCGCGCUGUCCUGCGGAUGUGACGUCACAUGACGCUGCAUGCACGUUCUCCCCGUUCUCCCGUGCCGGCUUCACUGUUGGCUGCAGUACCCCCAACGGCCGUCGUGGUGAAGGGUGGCGCUAGAUAGUCUCAUUUCUUAAAAGGAGCCUCAAGCUCCUUUAAAAUACGAGUUUACUACAUUUCUUUUAUGGAUUUGUUGCAACAAGCACAGAAGCUCAGAUGUCAGCGAACAUGUGUGUAUACCUGUAUAUGUAUACUAGUAGUUAGUUCAGACAACUGUCUUCACUGGCACAGACAUUUUUUCUUAUGUUUUCUUAUUUUGUUACAGUAUGUCCUCUUAAGAGUUUAAAGUUUUACUUCUGUGAAAAAGAAACUAAAAACUGAUAUCGCAGCUAAAGUUUCCAAAAAGUGCCACGACUUUUCAAUCAAGACUUUUUUUAUUUAAAUAUUUGUAGUGAAUUAAUGUAUUCUGCAUGUAAAUGAUUGAAAAU